GAGAUGUCGUCGGCGGCCGCGAGGCUCACCGCCGCUGCCGACAACGCCUCGUCGGAGACUCAAUCCCUCGUCGUGGACAUGCGCAAGGCGCUCACCUGCAUGAGGUCCAUCGCCGUCGAAUACGAGAGGGCCGGCAAGGACGACAAGGUGAAGCAGCUCGAGGAAGAGGUGCUGGACCUGAUGGCGUCGUACGAGGAGUGCGCGCACCUCGCGGAGGCGGUGAGGGAGGUGCCUGGGGCUUACCAGCCGUCUGAUCAGACGACUGAUUUCAAAAAGCUAAUCGAGGCGGAGGUUAACAAGGUCAAGGGGACCUCGCGGGUGUCGGGUGACAGCCAGCGGCUCCUAAGGCAGUUCAAGGAGGCUGUUUGGGAUGUUCACCAUGCAGGUCAACCGAUGCCUGGUGACGAACAAGAGGACCUUGUUAUGACUACCACCCAGAAUGGCAUCCUGAAUGCCAAUUGCCCCUUAACUAUGAAGCCUAUAAUUGAGGUGGCAAAUCCAGUUCGCAGCUUGGACUGCAGGCACAUCUAUGACAAGAUUCCAAUCCUAGACUACAUCAGAAGGAGCAAAGGUUUGAAGUGCCCUGUUGCAGGUUGCCCGAAGGACUUAAACGUUGCGAAGCUCGUCUGCGAUGACUACCUCCGUAUGGAAAUCGAAGAGCUGCGCUCAUCAGGCGGUGGUGCUACAAAGCCAACAGAUGUAGAGGACGUCUUGGACGACGAUGAGGACCUAAUGGAUGACGGCGAGGAUGGCAAUAACCAGUGAUUGGCAUCUAGAAGAAAUGAUGGUGUUCAUGUUCGGUAGUGUGUCUGUAGGAUGAUAAGUUGUUGGUGCUGUUCAGGGGGCAACAUUGUGGACCAUCACUGCAGCUGGGUGGGUGCUGCUUUUUGGCUCGUUCGGUCUCGUUGUGUGUGUUCUGUUGGAAUGUGGCAUCUCUGGCAGUCAACUUAACUAACGUAUCAAGCUUAAGCUGGAUGGAGUACAUCGAAGGAUUAUUAUUGUUC